AUGAUGGAGCGGCAGCCAGUUGAGCUGCCCCCCAGUGACCCCCCGCGGGAUGCAGCCCCGGGGACUAGCAGCGGCGGCGGCGGAGGGGGGGGCGGCUCUGAGCCUGAGCCCGAGUCCGAGUCCCGCAUGGAGCCACCGCGAGCCCCCCCACACCUCCUCCUCCUCAACGGCGUUGCCAAGGAGACCGGCCGUCCGGCCCCCGACCCCCCCGUCAUCGAGCUGGCCCCCCGCCGCGGCCCAGGGGGCGGUGCCCGGGACUUAAAGGGCCGCGACGCAGAGGCGCGCCAGAGGGUGCCCACCACGGAGCUGUGUCGGCCACCCGCCCCCGCCCCGGCCACGGCGCCUGCCCCAGUAGAGCCCCCCAGCGACGGCCGCAUGGUGCAGCUGAGCCCCACCUCGCUCCCAGGACAGGCGGCCGCUGCCGCUGCGGGCAGGGCCAUGCUCUACGGCCUCGGACAGCCGCUCGCCUCUCUCAGCAGCGGUUUUUUCGGGGAUCCAGACCCCUUCCCGGUGUUUACCAGCAACAAUCGCGUCAAGAGGAGACCCUCGCCCUACGAAGUGGAGAUCAAUGAUGGCCCCCACACCAAGGUCGUCCGGCGCAUCUUCACCAACAGCCGGGAGCGGUGGAGGCAGCAGAAUGUUAAUGGGGCAUUUGCUGAGCUCCGGAAACUUAUCCCCACCCAUCCACCAGAUAAGAAACUCAGCAAGAAUGAGAUACUGCGUCUGGCUAUGAAGUACAUCAACUUCUUAGCCAAGCUCCUCAACGACCAAGAGGAGGAGGGCAGCCAGCGGAGCCGAGGGGCCAAGGACCCUGUGGGGACUGGCGGAGGUGGCAGUGGAGGAGCCGGGCCGGGCCCUGGGGCUGGAACGACUGCUGACGAUCUCCUCCACGAUGCUCUCUCACCCAACUCCAGCUGUGGCAGCUCCCUGGAUGGCGCUGCCAGCCCCGACAGCUACACUGAGGAUUCGGAGCCGAAGCACCCAGCUCGAAGCCUCCACCCUGCCCUAUUGCCUGCCGAUGGCACUGGCCCACGGUGAUGGGCCAUGCCCGAGGGCAGCCCUUGUGUGGCUGCGGUGGUGCAGACUUGGGGUGCAGCAUAGGGACCGUGGGUGGAGCAGAAUAUUGGGAGUCAGUUCAGAGUCCAGAGUCUAGGAAAAGACUGUCCUGGAACCUGAGGGGAUGGCCUUUCUUGGGCCUGGCUCAUCUGGCUCAAUCUUGUAUGUCACAUGUCAUGGGAAUUGUGUGUGCAUGGUCAGAGGUUGAAGUGAUGUCUUUGGUGACUCUCUCCCUCCUAGAUCCUUGGACUUUGCCCCCUCUGGCCCUGGAGUUGGCAUCUCUGUGGACACAGCAUGGUUGGUAGUAUGUAAGGAAGAACACCCAGCUCUCCCCCACUCUCCUGUACUUCUUCGAACCUCUGGACACCUACCAGCCCCACCCCCAACCUGAUCCCCAGAACCACAUCUAAGGCCCCAGGCUCCUCCUAUACCUGUCCUUCCCCAUAACACUGCAUUGUGCUAUUUCAGACUUUGGCCUUUGGGAUGGCCUAAACCCCAGUCACCCAGGCUCCUGGCCUCUAUGGCUCUGCCCACUGGUGGUCACUUGAGGGCCGGAGGCAUGGUGUGGAGACUGGAAAGUCAACACUUUCCAGGUGGGAGCUUCAGAGCCCUCCUUUGGAAGGAAAGGUACCCAGUGCUCUGUCUCGCUCUGCCCUGGUCCUCCCAACACCACAGUCUGCAGCUGCUAAGUGAUCACCCCUGGUCCUUUGUUCUCAGAAUUGUGAGCAGCCUCGAUGGCCUUGUAGUCAUCAGAACACUCACGGAUGGCAUAAUCACAAUUUAUGCACAGCCAACAGUGCCUUCCCCAGUGGAAGGCAUGGAUAGUCCAAGACCCCAGAGAAAAAAACCAUUUGUUUGGUUUGGGAAUGAAGCUGAUGUCUCCUCUCAUUACUGGACGCCAGUUUUUUUGGCUCUAGCCACUAUAGGGAUCCAAGCAGGUGGGUGGAGGGGUGAUUAAGGGAGCUGAUGCCCCUUGACUGGGAAUCAGCAGACUUGGGUUCUUGACUUCACUGUUACUGAUUUACUGUGUGACCUUAGGUGAGUUCCUUCCCCUCUCUGGGUCUCAGCCCCCUCCUCAGAUGGGACUGAGUUGGUGGUCUCUCCAACCUCUCAUCUUCCCAGAGUAUGCUCCCAGUUCACAAGCCCUGUGACCCUGGGCAGAUCUCUAAUGGGGGCCUUAGCUUUGGUAGCUUCUAAAAUUUCUUUCAGCUCUGCUCUUCUCCAAUCCCAGGCUUCUGCAUUGACUGGUGAUGAGACCUGGGGAACCUGGUCACAUAUAAUGGAGAGCUGGACCUGAAGAGUCUGAGCUCUGUGUUCAGUGCCCUUCCAGACACCUAGUCUAUGGGUGUCCUAUAAGUACAGAUUGGCCUGGGAAUGGAUGGGGGCUCCCCGGAAUGAGCUGAUACCUAGCCCAGCUUGAAGGCAAGACUCCAAGCUCUUCUACUCCUGGGAUACCUACAAACAGCCUUCAAGCCUUUGACAGCUCACUUUAUGUGGCAGGCAUGCUCCUGAAAAAGUCACAUGUAAACUGAAGUUUUGUACAUCAAAUUCUGUUUUAAAGGACUCUUAGGGUGACCGCUUUUGUAAAGUGAAGAAUUCUUUUUGUAAAGUGAAUCAUCACUCCUUAAUUUGUCUCAUGUGUAAGGGUGAGGGUUUGGACAAAAGGUUUGCAUAGAGUGAGGUCUGCCUAGCUGUGCUGGAUAAAGAGGCCCCCAGUAUUUGUAAGAAGACUCCAGUUCCCCUUCUGUCUCUCUCAUUGGAGGCUUCUUUUUCAAUCAAAUAGUGACUGACUGCUUGGUGCUGUCUGUAAGUCUGGCCAUCCCUCUGCAGCAGGACCAGUCAGGGUCCUUGAACCCUGGCCACAUCAUGACACUUUGCCUGCUCUCUGACAGCAGGUAUCAAGGUACAGCUGUAUGUAGAGAGCUGGUCCAGCAGUGGUUGGCUUUGAUGGCAUGGGGGUUUUGGUGUGUGCCUGAAGAGAGGAGGACAAGCAGCAAUAGCCCGACUUGGCGGGGGGCACCAAGGGUUUCUCAGUGGUUCUGUACCCACUUUGCUCUGAGCUCCCUGAAUCCACUUCCAAUAACUUACCUUCUUCAUUUCCAUUUUACAACCUUCAAGGUUUGGUUGAUCCUUUGCUAUGAAAUGGUUUCCAUUUUACAGAUGAAGAAACUGAGGUGAAAUUAUUUGUCCAUGGUCAUAUGUCAGCUGGAAGGUGGAAACAUGGCCCCAGCCUCUCCUGGGGCUCCCAUUUUUUUUUAUGCCUUGUACUUAAUACCUUAUGCCCUCCGGAUUCCUGGUGGGCUCCUAUUUUCAACCACAAAGCCACUAUGGAAACCAGGAGAAAUCUAGACAGUAGCUUGGGGCUUGGAGCCCAGCUUCAACAAGAUAGGUUGGCCAGCAAAAAUGGGAGUGGGGGCACCUAGGCUUCUCAGUAAGAGCAAGAGAGCAUGUGGUUAGCUGGAUAUAGACUGAAGCUAUGGACCUGGGUUCCAGUCCAUACUUCCAUUCUGAGUAGCUGUGUGACUUUUGGCAGGUUGCUUCUCCUUUCUGGGCCUCCCUUCUCCCAUGUGACAAAUGGGGCAGGAUCAGAAUCUUGUCUCCCUCCCAGGAAGUCAUGAGGUUCAUUGGAGACUAUGUAGGUGAAAACCUAUGCGGAAGAUUAAAGUGUGGGAUAAGCAAGAAGGGGUGUUGCUAUGAGCAUACCUCCUGGAGGUGGGUUUUUUCCCACCCCAGAAACAUGCCCAUUGGGUUUUGCUAUAGCUCAAGCUCUCUGGGCAACAGUGAACUCUCUCUUGCUCUCCACACAUGUAUAUUGUCCAGAUAAUUUAGACCCUGAACUAUUUCUGCCUGAACUUUCUGGAUAAUUGAGGCCAUUAGAGGUUGGUCAACAGAUGCACUUGGACACCUCUAUUUUAGGUUGAGGUAUGUGCCUGUGUGUGUGGGGAGGGGAGUGGCAAUGGAAAGGGGUUUUUCAGAGAAUGAAUUAGGUUUGGGGGGGAGAGCAUGAGAACAGAUUUGUAUCACAGGAUCAACCUAACAAUCUAGGGUAGGAAGAUAGCCAAAGGCUUUAGCAGAGACUCAAAAAUCAUUUGGUUUUUCCUUUUCCCUCAAAGAAAUAAGAAAAUUCUAAGAAUAAGACUAAAUCAAAUAGGAGAACAAUUCAAUUCCAUUCAACAAGCAUUCAUUAAGCACGUACUGUAUGUCUGGCACUCCAUCAGCUGCUGGGUAUAGAAACAAAAUAACAGUGUCUGUCCUCAAGGAGCUUAAAUUCUACUGUGGGAAAAUAGCACUGAGAAUACAAAAAAUGUGGCAUAAAUAACAUUCUAAGGAUAAUGGAGAAGAAUGUCACAGUAGAAAACAUUCUGAGAACAAAGGCCAAUGUGACAGUUUGGGGAAAUCACCUAUUUUUUCACUCAUAUUCUCUCUUUUUCUGUGUGUAUGUGUGUGUAGCUGAAAGACAUGAUGGUACAAUCUUAGCAAAUUUCUCCAAAUGAGACAAAACCCAGUGGCUGUAGCCCAUCAGCUACAUUUGGUCUCAAGUUUUGGGAGUGGGUCUAGUCGUACUCAUGAUUUCAAUGGUACCUGGCCCCCUGGGAGCCCAGAUUUCCUCUGGUCCCUGCUCUAUGUCUGUGUACGUACAUGGCUCCCCCACAUUUUCCAGGGGGCAGCUCCUUGGGUCCAUGUACUGUAGGGGAUGAUUUUGGCUGGUCUCUGUAUUCUCUUGCAGAGAGGGAGUAAUCACCCUUGGUACUGUUGCCUUGGAGGACCACCGAGGCGAGCACUGGGGAGUGCUACUCUGGGAGAGAAAAGGCCUUUUGGUGGUGACAAGUGUGCUUGCACUUGUGUGUGUGUGAGAGUGAGUGUGUGUGUAUGUGUGUGUGCGCACACGCAAGUGUUUGUGUAUGAGGAAUAUAUUGGGGAAUAAAAUUUCUAAAUAAAAGUUUUACAGAGUGGC